CUUCUAUCUAUCUGUCUCUUCGUGAGAAUUUGUUGCAGGGAAGCGGCUGGAUUUUUUUUUCCCGAUGCUUUUCGAGCGUGCAAGUCAGAAGCGCGUCGUUUCAUUUCGUACGUGCGUAGCCUAAUCAUUGCCUUCCUCUCUCUGUCUCUGGUUUCUUCCCUCUCUCUUAUUUAAUGGCCGGAAGAGGUGAGAUGUCGGUUCUCCUCAACAUCGGCUUCCGCUUCGCCUCUCCAUCCUCACUUCCAUCUGUCCGAGGCGCUUCUCCAUUGGGCGGUGCAUGGAAGUUCCUAAAGCUCGCAGCCAGGCCAUGGCUGGCCAACAGCUGGGAGGGCUGCGACUGUGCCCCAAGAACCAGCCGCAGCAGCAGGAGAGGAAGCUAGUUAGACCUCAUCCAGAACAGGCCCUCAAAUGCCCCCGCUGUGCCUCCACCAACACUAAGUUCUGCUACUACAACAACUACAGCCUCUCCCAACCCAGAUACUUCUGCAAGGGCUGCAGGAGGUAUUGGACUCAGGGAGGCUCCCUUAGGAACGUUCCCGUCGGAGGUGGCUGCAGGAAGAACAAAAGAUCCACCGCUUCCUCUAAGAAGGCGCAAGACACUGAUCCCGUCGCCGCCGACUCCACAAACGAUCAUCCACUCCCCCCUCCCUUCUUUCCUCCACCACUUCUCCAUGACCUCACCUUGGCCUUCGAUGGCCAUGGAUUUCUCCCGGACCAUGUACUUAACCUCGACAUUUGUGGCUCUGUCGACACCGUGAACCCAAGUGGCUCGAACGACCUUUGCUAUGGCCUCGGUGGUGUCGCCGGGGAAGAUGGACUCGUGCGCUUUGAGGGAGGAGGACUGGGAGAUGCAACAGCCAGAGCAGUGGCCGGCCGUAAGGACAUGGACGAAGGGGAGACCAAUGCUUCGAUGGGCCUUCCAUGGGCUGGUGUUGGUUCUUGGUAUGGACUCAUCAGUAGCUCCACCACCACCACCACCCUCGGAGACGCCUAUGCUUUCUUCUGAGGCUACUGCUGCCUGUGUUCUCGGUUCCUUCAUCGUAUUCCGCCUUCUUUUUCCCUGCUGUUUACUACACAUAUUGUGGGGUGGGUGAUGAUGACUCCAUGAUUACACAGUAAGAUUAGGGUUCAAACGGAGGGAUGUGGUGACUGCAUCAGUUUGUAUGGCUGUGUCUGCACGGGGAAGCAGAAGGAGACGCUGCGAGAUAGAAUAAUUUCGACAACGAAAUCUUAGUUCAGAUACGGAGGUUUUAUUUAUUACACAUGAGAUCAUUUUUGGGGGUGAAACAGUCGACCUAAAUAGCAGUCCCUAUUAACCAAUCUACUUGCCGACUGCGUCACGCAUCAGUGACGUGAUUUGGGAAUGCACAGUGUGUGUUCCUCCAGACAAUGUGUGCAGCUCCAAAGCCCAAAAGGAUGUGAUCUCUUACAAUGUAUGCAGCUCCAAAGCCCAAAAUCUCAUCUCUCAGAAUACAUAUCUA